UACACAAUCUUGCACCUUUGCGAUUGAAGAGAUAGAUCCCAUCUCACAAUUCGUCAAAUUUCACAUCGGGAGGAUCUUCGAAUUCGUUCCAGCCGGAAAAAUGCCUCCCAAAUCGGAAUCCUCCAGUCAGAUCACUUCCGCCGCCGCAUCGGCAGAUGCUUCGUUCUCCUCCAUCGACCCCAUUUUCCACAUCCUUCGUAUUCUCCCCUUUUCUUUCCUCCGUCCGCCGCGCCUCCGUCUCAAGCUUCCGACCUUGACCCUCCCCUCUCCGAUGACCGUCUACGCCCUCGUCCUUCUCACUUACUUCAUGGUCAUCUCUGGCUUCGUUUACGAUGUCAUCGUUGAGCCUCCUGGCAUCGGAUCCACCCAGGACCCGACGACUGGAUCCGUCCGACCCGUGGUUUUUCUUCCUGGUCGCGUCAAUGGGCAGUACAUCAUCGAGGGACUCUCUUCUGGGUUCAUGUUCGUACUGGGUGGACUCGGAAUUGUGCUCAUGGACCUUGCUCUUGAUCGGAAUCGCGCCAAAAGCGUCAAGGUUUCGUAUGCGUCUGCUGGGAUUUCUUCUGUUGUUAUUGCGUAUGUUAUGAGUAUGCUGUUCAUUCGUAUUAAGAUCCCCGCAUACCUUCGUUGAUAUAUGGUAGAGAAAUUUAGGAUCUACUUUAACCUAGUUUGAAUUCCCUUUUGUCUCGAGGAAUGGAGGAACCUAUGCGAUGUUACACAUUUUGACAUUGUUAAUGAACUACUAGGCUGCUUUUGUUAUA